CGUUGCGACGUGCUCGCGCUGGCGCUCUGAAGCUUGCGCGCCAAUUCGGGACCGUGCUUGAUGAUUACCUUCACCCCUCUGUCGGGUGCUGCUCGUUCCUCCCGCACCGUUCCGCUUGCUUACCUGCUCCAAGUCGACGAUGUGCGAAUACUACUCGACUGCGGCGCGCCGGACUGGUGUCCAGAGGACACAUCGUCUGCAGUAAAGGAGGAAGACCUCCAGGAGACGCAUCACCACUGGGAGCAAUAUUGUCAGACACUGAAAGAAUAUGCGCCGACCAUCGACCUCGUCCUCAUGUCCCAUGGGGACCUUCAACACACUGGGUUGUACCCCUAUGCUUACUCUCGAUGGGGCCUGACUGCUCCGGCCUAUACCACCCUUCCUGUACAAGCCAUGGCACGCAUCGCUGCCACGGAAGAUGUCGAGGGUAUACAAGACCAAGAAGACAUCAGUGACGACCUUGCCAUGCCAGAGGACGUAGAGGUGCAGGACGCGCAAGACAAGCAUGACGAGAAAAGCCAAAGCCCAGAGCUCAAGAGCGCAGCCCCAGAGCCGCGGUCGCGCAAGUAUGUCGCUACCGUACAAGAGGUUCAUGACGCGUUCGACUCGGUGAACGUCCUGCGUUAUUCUCAGCCAUGUCAUUUGCAAGGAAAAUGUCAGGGCCUGACCAUCAUUCCCUUCAAUGCCGGACACACCCUCGGUGGUACCAUCUGGAAGAUCCGCUCGCCGACCGCUGGAACGAUCCUCUACGCCGUCGACAUGAACCACAUGCGUGAACGCCACCUGGACGGCACUGUGCUCAUGCGACAAGGCUCAAGCAACACAGGCAUCUUCGAGACCCUGGUCCGGCCAGACCUCCUCAUCACGGACGCCGAGCGUGCCAACGUCACGACGGCGCGGCGGAAAGACAGGGAUGCCGCCUUACUCGACUGCGUCACCGCGACGCUCACGUCGCGAAACUCGCUUCUGCUGCCCUGCGACGCAAGCACGCGGGUGCUCGAGCUGCUCGUCUUGCUCGACCAACACUGGAGCUACUCCCGCCUCAAGUUCCCCAUCUGUCUGCUCUCGCGGGCCGGCCACGAGAUGCUGACGUUCGUGCGGAGCAUGAUGGAGUGGCUCGGCGGCACGGUCAGCAAGGAGGACGUCGGCGUCGAGGGCCAGGACGGCAAGCACGGCAAGGACCGCAAGCGGAAACGUGUCGACGACGACGACGACAACGAGGCCUUGGGCGCGUUCGCACUGCGUUUCCCCCACCUCGAGAUCUUCCCGAACCCUGCCGCGAUGAUGCAGAGGUACUCGUCCAAGGACCCCAAGCUCAUCCUCGCAGUGCCGUCGUCGCUCUCUCACGGGCCGUCUCGCGCGCUCUUCUCAGAGUUCGCCGAGAUCCCUGACAACGUCGUGCUCCUCACGGGCCGCGGCGAGGAGGGCACGCUGGGCAGGAUCCUGUUUGAGCGGUGGGACAACUCCCAGCGCGACGACACGAAGUGGGACCGAGGCAAGAUCGGCAACAACGUCAUGAUGGACGGCACCCUCCACCUGAAGAUCAGCUCCAAAGUGCCGCUGCAGGGCGCAGAGCUCGAGGAGCACCUCGCGAGGGAGCGCGCCGCCAAGGAGAGGGAGGCGGCAAAGAAGGCGGCCGAGGACAGGCGGCAGCGGAUCCUCGAGGCGGACGCCGACGAGGACACCGACGACGAGGACGACAGCGACGAGGACACCGACGACGAGAACGAGGUCGAGCUCGCGCUCGCCGGUGCCGGCGUCGGCGGCGCCGGUGACGGCAUGGACGUGGACGUGGACGCCGCGGAGGAGGAGCGCAAGCCGCGCAAGGACGCCGGCCGGCGCGGCGGCAAGCGGCGCGACGUGGACGACGCGGCGUGGAGUGCGGCGCUCGACGACGACGGCGUGUCGCGGCAUAUGCUCUCGUACGACAUCUACCUGAAGGGCAACGUCUCGAAGGCGACCUCGUUCUUCAAGAGCGCGGACGGCCAGCCGCAGCAGCGCUUCCGGAUGUUCCCGUACGUGGAGAGGAAGCGGAAGAUCGACGACUAUGGGGAGCUGGUCGAUGUCGAGAUGUGGAUGAGGAAGGGGAAAGCCCUUGAGGAGAAUGCGGAAAACGAAGAUUUGAAGGAGAUGAAGAUGAAGACGGAGGAGGAAGAAAAGCCACAAGAGCCUCCAUCAAAAUUCGUGACAACCGAAGUCGAAGUUCAGCUCGCCUGUAGGCUGCUCUUCGUCGACUUGGAAGGCUUGAACGAUGGGCGUGCGGUAAAAACCAUCGUACCACAGGUCAAUCCAAGGAAAAUGAUCAUUGUGCAUGCCCCACAAGCCGCCACGGACCACCUGAUAGAAGCCUGCGCAGGUAUCCGAGCCAUGACCAAGGACAUUUACGCACCAGCGGUCGGCGAAAGCGUGCAGAUUGGCCAGCACACGAACAGCUUCUCCAUCUCGCUGAGUGACGAGCUGCUCGCAUCCCUGAAGAUGUCCAGGUUCGAGGACAACGAAGUGGCGUACGUCACGGGUCGCGUCUCCAGCCUUGCCACAUCGACGAUCCCGAUCCUGGAGUCCGUGGGCUCAUCUUCGGUCGGCCGUGCCGUCACCGCGCGCCACACAGCCAGGGGCCGCAUCCUCGGCUCCCGUCCGACUCGCGCACUCCCGCAGUCGACGAUGAUAGGCGAGCUCAAGCUCACGGCGCUCAAGGCGCGCCUGGCGGCUGUCGGCGUGCAGGCGGAGCUUGUCGGCGAAGGCGUGCUCAUCUGCGGCGCCGCGGCAAGGAGGGGCAGCGCGCCGGACGCGCUCCAGGAGAGCGUCGCCGUGAAGAAGACCGGGCGAGGCAAGCUGGAGCUCGAGGGCGCCGUGUCAGAUGUGUACUACAAAGUGCGCCGCGAGGUCUACAACUUGCAUGCGCUUGUUGCGGCUUGAGCCUUCUUCGAAAUGGUAUUUCCUGUUUUGCUGUCUGCGCUGUUUGUGAGGUCCAGUUUGGUACGAGAUGUGCUGUGAUUGCCUCCUACCUGUGAUUUGCGCUCGGUCCGUCCUUUAUACCUAGGUAGUGAGAACCGUCUCUUCCAGUUACGUUACUUGUUCGUUGUUGUAUCGCCUGCAGGCGGAGCCAGACACUCAGAUGACGAUCCGAAUAUCUCUCGCCUCCAAUCGGCGAGCCUGGAACCACGGUGAAACCCAC